UCCCAGUGACAAUGUUGGUUGACUGAUAGGAGCUUUACAUUUCAUCACCGCAUACAAGUUCAUUGCUUCCUGUUGUCAGUGAUGUUUACGGAUUCAAGUUUGUUCACCGAGAGAAACACGCUUAGAUCGAACAAUUUUGUCGUUAACGCUGGAGUUUAACUAGCUAUCAGUAGGAGUAGCUACCCUAUAACCAUUCUCCGCUAUUCGCCGCAUGGUGCUGAUAAUUUGACACGCUCGAGAAAUAUCUCUAUUGUAAACUGUGUGUGAUAUUGAAUUCAUUUCAGUGACAUCUUUGUGAAAUUCUGUACCGAUAAAAUUUGUUAUUCUGCGUCAAACAUACUGAUGUAGGGAGGCAACAGUUCGGAUUUGAAUAGCGAUGGUGGUGGUUAUUCCGCUGUUAGAUUGAUUCGGAUUGACGUAAUGAUGUAACACAAUGGACACCUCAUCAGUCCUGGUACUAGUUCUCAUGAUUGCUAACCAAAUCAACGCCAUAGAUGGAAGUUGGUCCGAAUGGAGUCAAUGGAGUGAUUGUUCAAGGUCAUGUGGUGGUGGAUUAACCAAUCAGAGGCGGCGUUGUUUAGGUGAUAGGUUCCGAUGCAGAGGCCCGGAUGUGAAAUACAAGAUAUGUAACACACAGGCAUGCUCGUUUACCUAUCAAUCUUUAGAGGACCAGGUGUGUGAGAUGAAAAAUAGAGUACCUAUCAACGGGAGAUACCAUCGCUGGGUUCCCCUGUCACGACAACAGUACCACUGUUUUGUGAUGUGUGAAGAUGAACACCGAAACAUUCCGAACGUAUUGGAGGUACAUAUCCCGGACGGAACAAGGUGCGGGCAUAGUACAAAUCACCACUGCAUCGAAGGCAAAUGUGAGAACAUUGGUUGCGAUAGUUUCAUUGGAUCCGGAGCGGAAGUUGACGAUUGUGGUAUAUGUAAGGGAGACAAUUCUACCUGUCAUCAACCUCUUAGGAAUAGACUAUCAGGAAAGAUACCAGAUAAUCCGUACCAGUGGGAUGUUCGCUGGGGACCUUGUUCUGCAACGUGUGGUACAGGGUACCAGACUGCUUCUUUCCAUUGUAAGGACAUGCGAUAUGAUGUGAUCACCUUCGAAUUUUCAUGCACUUCCCCGCGUCCUCAAGACAUCACAAGAGAAUGUAGAAAAAGGAUGUGCGAUCCAGGGUGGCGUGUUAACUCUUGGUCAGCCUGCUCCGUACCAUGUGGAGGAGGAAAGAAGAACCGCGAGGUGAAAUGCAUGCAGGAUACUGGGAGAGGACGAACAACACCUGCUCCAUCAUACCGAUGCCCAGAUCCGAUGCCAAUAUCGGAAUCUCCUUGUAAUAUGCAGUUCUGUCCGGCGUAUUGGCAGACAGGAAGAUGGUCCGAGUGCUCUGUUUCCUGUGGGAUAGGACAAGAAAGUCGCCCAGUUUACUGUGUGAAGAUCCCGAGACAGGGAUCGAAGGUCAACGUAUCUUCCGUGGAAUGUCGCGGUCCUAAGCCUGCGGGAUCGCGAUCGUGUUCCCGUCCGGAAUGUUACCAGAGUUUCGCUAAAGUUCCUUCCAUAACUCUCCACAAUGAUACUUUCUUACAAAUACGACGAACAAAGCGAAUCCAUCUUCAUGUUGGAGAGACCGCUACACUGCUGGCAGGACAGCCAGUAAAAGUUAUAUGUCCUGUUGAGAAUUUUAAUAAAAGACUUUUGUUCUGGACAAGGAAUAAUAGAUUGAUUCCAAUGUCUAGAACAGAACGGGUUUUUGUAUCUAGAAACGGAGCAUUGAAAAUAAAACGAACCGAUCCUACCUUGGAUACGGGAGAAUUCACGUGCAUAGCAGGAAUGCAGAGUGCAACGAUACGUUUACGAUUUUCCUCUAAAAAGAAAGCGAUGAAUAAAGGGAGAAAAUUAAUGAAGUCAGUGAUAAAAGAGACGGCAUCAAUGUCUUCGUCUCUGGACCAACCACAAAGCGACAAGAUUCCAGCGCCACGGUCGCCACACUCGGUAAGGCGUGCGACGAUGGACGCCAUGUUGGACAGUCUUGGCGGAGACUUUGUCUACACGACAGCAGACUGGGGCGCCUGUUCCCGCACAUGUGGAAAAGGGCUGCAGACCCGCAAAGUCGCAUGUGUAAAAGCUACAAAUGUUUACAUAAAGGUUGUCAGCAAGGAGGCAUGUAACGGCAUUCAAAGACCGCCGGAUGUCCGACCUUGCGUCAUUCAGGAACAGUGUCCAAAGUGGGUCGUUGGAGAAUGGCAAGAGGUAUGCUCCGCAAAGCAUUGCAAGAGGACUGGUCGAGCCACUCAGUCCCGGAAUCUCCGCUGCCAAAGUGACAAUAACACCGUGAUACCACAGCGUCGGUGUUCACACUUACAGAAACCAGUUGUAAAGCAGGAAUGCGAGAACCCGUCAUGUUUACCUGUCUGGAACACAUCAGGCUGGACCAAAUGCAAUCCACGUUGUGGGGACAAGAGAAGAAAAGUGCGUAUGCUGGCAUGUGUUUGGAAAAACACGGGUAAACCUGCCCAAACAAACUGCCAUACAAUACCUAAACCAGUCGUGUGGAAAAACUGUAAACCAAGAAAAUGUCGUAAAGUGAGUUGCCGGGACGACUCGCGGUACUGUAGUGUGGUCGGAUUACUCCAGAUGUGUAGAUACGAGUCCUUCCGGAAAAAGUGUUGUCGAACAUGUAAAAAUAUAAACAGCUCUUAGCACUAGAUAUAAUGUUGUUUAUUUAUUUCAAUUUAUGUAAUGAUAAAACUAGAAUUCCAUUUUGACUUUAUCUUAAUUGUCUGAUUGUAUAAACAGUGAUAUGGUGUUAGAGAGGAAAGACAAAUGUAUGGUCAAGUGGGUGUAGAAAGUAUGACAAGUAUGCUGGUUGUAUGAGAACCUAAUUACCAAGAGAACAUGUUUGUUUCGAAAAAGAUUUUUGUGAUUUGAUUUAUUUUUGUAAGAUGUCGUGAAAGCGUAUGGUAUGAGUAUAUGUAUAAUGCCACGUUGCUAGCAAAUUGUAUUACGUCCACAAUAAUAAAAAAUGAACAGCAUCUUUCAAUACAAAGAUUGUACAAAAGAUACACAAGUGCGUAGUACAUUUCAAUACAUAUAUCGAAUAACACACAGUACAGUCAAAUAAUGAAUUAAACUACGUCAUACAGCUAUUGCGUCCUUCGGGGACCUGUCAGUGGUACCCGUGCUAAUGGCCUUAAUUAUAGCACCAGAGAUAGAGUAACCCUCAUGCCUUCACUUACACAUGUAAAGAGAGGAUUAAGUUGAAGAAAACACACUUUAUAGAGACUGAUUAGAAAAUGAAAGAACAAAUUGUACGUGUCCUGUGUUAUCUCAGUAUAUAACCACACUUUUGAUCGGAUACGAGGUACAUAUUUACAAAAAUAAACUGGGAAUAGGAGAUGAAAACUACGCUUUUUCGACUUUCUUAUAUAGUGAUCGAUUCGUUAUUCUAGAACGUGCACUAUUUAGACGUUCUGAUAACAUAUGAUUAGAUCAGAUCUGGUUGGAGAUCAUGUCCAUGAACGUACAAGGAUUCUACACGAUUUACAUCAACCUUAAAAUGGAGGGUCUUUAGGGAAAAAAUAAUUUACAAAUAAAAAAAAUAGGUCAGUUUUGCCCAUUUUGAGCCUAUUACGUGGAAACUACGCAAUAGCUUUGUUUAUGUGGUUCGGGGGCAUUAGAUUAACAUAUUGCAAAACUGAAUCAAAAAUAGGUUAUUUGUUUCCUAAACAAUUAUUGAGGAGACAAAAAAAAAAUAUUUUUCGUAAAGGAUGUGUGAAUGUGGUUUUUUUUUCAUACGUUUUGAUAGGGCGAACGAUAAUGACAGAAUGUCACACAGAGUAACAUAGGGAUGUGUGUUCGAUCCCGUAUGUAUGUACACUUAAUUGAUUGCAUUUUAUAUUAGAGAAUGUUUUGUAUUAACCUUCAGACUGUGAAUGAAUACAUCUGGCGGUUAAAACCGACAACUAUAUUGACCCACUGGUGUUCAGCUUAGAAGUUUUCGGUGAUGAAGGUUAUUUUUUUUUAUUUGCCUGAAUGUGAAAUGAGCGCAUGGUGUUCAUUUAGUAUCCAAUAACUACAAUGGUAUUAUUUCUAUUGCGUCGAUGCUAGUCAAAACAUUUUAUACUUAAAAUAAAUAUCAUCUUUAUGUUUGUUAAUUGUUCAUAAUUCAUAUUGGUGUUGUGAAAACACAUGUAUCUAACAUUGUCUUAAUUUUGAAAUCGGAACAAAACAAGGGGGUUUGCCAAGAAGUGAUAUUAAUAGUACUAUAUCAUGUAACUCAUUGUCGAAUCUAAAUUGAGGAAAAUGACCAGGGAAUUAAAAAUUCAAAUCUUUUUUUCUAUAUUAGUAUAAAUUAUAUUUUAGUAAUUAUUUUGUGAAUUACAUGUCGUGGAUUUAUUUAUAAAUACGUUAUUUUUCUACUUUCUGUUGUGAUAUCGAGAAAAAGACAGAUGCAUCAGACCGCGCUGACCAUGCCAAUAGAAAAUAGACUGACAAUCGUUACCUUAAUGUGUGAUUAAAUACAUUGAAACCUUAAUCGCUUUAGAUAAAGCCAAAACGCCAUGUACUCGCGUCAAAGCCGUAGAUAUGUUGUUGUUUCUGGAUUACAUGUUUUCGCACAAUUGUUUGUUUUAAUUCAUGAGACUGGCAAAGGAGAAGUUCAUGAAAAGGUCAUCAAUCGCUCAGUGCAGAAUUCCCUAAACAUAAAUGGUUACGGUAGCAAGUGUCAUGAGAUUUGAUCUCAAAUACAUGUAAUAUACAUACUACCUCGAGAUAUAGAUACGAUUUUAGACUUUAAACAAGUUAUGUUAAAGCUGAGCAAAUAUAAUGUAAUUGAUAUAUUACCAAGCACCUUGUGUCGCUUCCUCCAACAUGUUCAUUAGGUAUUCGACGUUUUUACUUUGAAAAAGAUUUGUGUUAGAGUGACUUAAAAUCAUGAUUUAUCUCCCAGGAUGAUGAUAGGAGACGUCAAUAUCAGUGACGGCUUUAUGAAGAUUUUAUUAUAUAUAAAACACAGCAGUCUUGCCGAUGGAAUACGGAUUUCGGGGGGAACUUCUGUAUGUUAGUUAUCAGUCAUAGUCUUAUUCUUGUGUUUAUAGAGAAGUAGGCUACAGGAGGAAAUGUAAUAACCCGAAGAUUAUUCUGAUAUAUAUGAACUAGCUAUACCAGUACCUAGUAUAUAAUAUUGUUUUAUAAUAAACAAUGACAAACAAUUGUUUUACGUUUAAAACGUUUUGUAUAUGUUUAUAUUAUGUUGAUUAAAUUUAUGUAUGUGUUUUUAUAUUACAUAUGUAAUUGUGUUUAUAAGUGCUUGAUGUGAUUAAACAAUCCAAACAUA